GUUGGUUUGUUUUCAAACACAAAUUUGCGUUCCGGAAAUAAAGCUAAUUUUAGUGUUUUGCUUCUUGAUGCCGGUUUGCCGACAGCUCAACAAUGGGAACCGACGACGAUAACUGGUCGAUGCAGUGCUGCGAGCUGGACGACCUGAUUCCAUCGCCGGAAGAUCUGGAAAGUGCGUACGUUGCCCUGGAAAAUGGAACCUACUCGUUGGAACUGAACUGGAAGUGCCCCGGAAGGAGGCCGCCUUCACCGGUGCAGAAAGAUGAACCCAAAGUGGCUGAGCCUGCUGAGAAGGAAACUCCAACCAAGAACAAGGAAUUCGAUUUCAUGGACGAUGUGGCACUGCCGCAGAUGCGUGUCCGGACGCAAAACACCGGACCGAAAGGGUCGGCCAAGAAGAAGACGACAAAUUUUGCCGGCGUUUUGGAUCAAAUGAAGAAACACGGACGGUUGGCGCCACUGAAGGAGGGUACGGCCGGGGCAGCGGCUCCGGCUGCCAGUGCGGGGGGUGGAGCAGCUUCCACUGGAUCGGGUGGUGGUGCUGGGGGUUCGGGAGGAAACAGUAAUUAGAGAUUGUUCCAUAUUGGAAAAUAAAUCAUUUAUUUAAGGAUUCUAA